UAGAGUCAGCACUGUUUUGCUCCUUGGAGUUUUUGCCAUCCAACUGGCCACUUGCCAUCGGAUUGCAAGAUCACCCGACAAAAUGGAAAUCGAGACCCCGGACUACUCUUCAAACAGAGGCAACAGAACUGAGGAGUUCAACGACAAGCGGGAUGAGGAGGAGCAGUACUGGGAAGGAGAGAGAGAGAAAUAUAAGGACAAGGAGGAAGAAAGAUAUGAAAACGCUGGAGAAAAUCGAGAACAAAACAGAGAGGAAGCCCAUGACAGAUACGACAGUGAGACAGAACACUACGAACAACAACAAGAUGCUUACAACAACGAAAUGAAAGAGUCUUACAACAACAACGCCGACAACAUGCACUCACACCACGAAGCAAACGAGGAACAUUACAACAAUCAACCGGACAGGACUGAUUUUGAGAAUAAUGAUGAUGCUGAUGAUAUGCAAAAUGAUCUUAAUGAUAAAGGAGAUAGAUAUGGCGAUAAGGGAGCUGAAUAUGCUAAUGACAGAAAAGAUCAAGCGGAUAAUUACGAAAUGAAAGGACCAUCAUUCAACUAUGAUAGAGAUUAA